CGUCGGUCCGCGCUGCCGUGUAUUCGUUCGUGUGCGUGAGACCGUCGACGAGCUUUUAGCGUUUGGAUAAAAAUCGACACCAAUUGAGACGGCUUUUUGUUUCGAACGAUGGGGUUUCGUGAAGCCUAUACAUUUUAUAUCCUAAAUCCUCAGUGCCAUAACCUGUAGAAAAAUAAUCUAGACCUAAAAAAUAAAAUUCGCGAGUGAAAAACAUUCCACGGAUAUAAAAACAAAUUACCAUGGAGAAGAGAAAGAAAAUGUUGUCUCAUUCAAUGUUUUUCGACAAAAACUGGAGCAUCUGAAACCGUUCAUCAUAGCUGUGAAAGUGAGGGCUGCUCGCCCGACGCACCUGCACGCAUGAACACAGCUGUCAACUAAUGCUAUUCAACAGUAGCCAGAUGGGACAUAGGUUACCUUCAGUUGCUCUUCUAAUGGCAGUAGCAGCCCUCCUGUCGGCGGUGGCUGGCGACGGCGCAGCAGGAGGCAGGUCGGACAUGGGCGGCGGUGACAUGGGCGGCAUCGGAGGGAACAACAGCGUGACGGCCGUCCAACCUGGCGAGGCGGCGAAGCUAGCCUGUCACGUCCCUGCUGAGAUGUAUGGGAGUCGCGUCUCGUGGAUCCGCCGAAAGGACUUGCAGCUCCUGUCGGUCGGGGAGAGUAUGUACACCAACGACCAUAGGCUCUUCGUUUCACACUCCAGGCAUUCCCACAGCAAGGACUCGAGACACUCCCAGAUGUGGUUCCUCCACAUGAUGAACGUGACGAAAGGAGACGAGGGAGAAUACGAGUGCCAGGUGUCGACGCAUCCACACUUCUCCUUCUACACAGUCCUCAAGGUUCAGAACGCGUACAGCCAGGUGGAGGGCCCCGGGGAGCGCGUGGUGGCUGCUGGCUCUGGUCUGCGGCUCGUCUGCGUCAUCAAGGGAGCCACGGAGCCGCCCGCCUACAUCUUUUGGUUCCAGAACGAGAGGAUGGUCAACUUCGACGCCAACAGGGGGGUCAAUGUGACUGCCGAACGGGACCGCAGCGUCCUGACUGUUGGAGCAGCUACGGACGACCACGCGGGAAACUAUACUUGCCAGCCGUCGAAUGCCUGGCCAGCGUCCGUCCUCGUUCAUGUUGUCGUUGAGACAACGGAGUCCGGCGCCUCGAAGGGCCCGAAGGUCGGGGGCAAGACCCCAGUGCAGCUGGGAGUGAAGAGCGCCUCCUCGGACGGCCCUCGGAUUCUACCUCAGACGCUGGCGCUGUUCCUGCUCGGCCUGCUCCUCGACGCCCUCACAUUCCCAAGGGUCUUCCACACUAGGUUGUAAGGCGCCGCCUGAGCUCGCCAGGUGUUGUCUACAGCCAGAUGCCUCGCCUGCGUCGGGGGGAACGGCUGCCGCUUCUGGGCGCGACCGAGGGCUGUGUCCUCCGUCAGUAGGCGGAGGGUCGUGCCCGUCUCCUCCGCCGCGAGGGCAGUGUAACAGCGUAGAAUGUCCGUGGUCCGCGUCGCCCAACCACUGUAGGACGGCAGCUUCUUCGUCAGCAGGUGCUGUGACAGGCAGACAUUCUCAACUGCCAAGGUGCUGCAGAGUGCGUCGCCGGGAAUUGCAGUGCGUCAGCAUUCCUCGCCAGGAGCGUGCUGCUGUGUGCCUGCAUCCUCGCCGGAGGGUCUCGAGAGAGGCAACUUCCCGCACCGCCAGUGUUGCAAGCGCCGUCUCCACCGGGCGCCGCAUCCGCUGGCAGCUCCUUCGGCGAAGACGAACUACCAUCGAGACUGCCGGAGUGAUAUCUCGGAGUGCGACUUGAAACCGCAUAUUCAGAUGAUCCGCAUAAUUUCGCAUGUUCAUCAUGGACAUACGAUAUCAGACUGAAUAUCAAAUGGAUGUAUCACUGGGAUGGAUUUGUUCUGUCUUAUAAUAUCAUUAUAAAUACAAUAUGUGUGGAUAUGUUUUAUUGUAUGUUUCAGCGUGAAAGCGUUCCGCGUCGUUGGAAUUUCCCCACACAACAAGAGCUCACGAGAAGGUGACAUCCUUCACACAAACUUGGUUACGAUUUCGGUGUUUCUCAAAUGAUUUUAUUGACGGAUCGAAUACGUAGUUCUCCUCCAAACCGUAACGUUGAAGGCUCACAUCACUUUCCACACUAGUCGCAGCGUUGGCGAGAUAACCAGGUAGCCAUGGAAAGACGACUGAAUCCUUAAAAACCCAUGAACAACACGAAGACAUCGGGACUAGCGUACGAUUAUUAUUCCUGUGGGAGUGUGACUGAUGGACUUAUCGUGGCAGGAUAUCUGUGGAUUCUCAAUGUAGAUUUGACACUGUGUGUAAAUGUGGGUUAUGAAAUUGAUGUUUUCUUGUGUUGUUCGUCAUGUAAUUAAGAUAUCGAUGUGGGCAACAAAUUGGAAAAAAAACAGUCGCUUUUCUGCAAUAUUGUUUCCAACUUACGAAAUCUGUCAUACAUUUUAACACGAAAGAGUUCCUAAUACCCUAGAAAAGAGUGCAAUCGAUAGGAAAAUGGUUAGUACGUGUUAUACAUGUUUAACUUAUCAUUAUAAUGUUAUAUAUCUAAAUCAGUAUGAAAUUAUUAAAGAUAUGAUAACAGUA